AACUGAUUUAAACACAGUACCCUCGUGCUGUGAGGCAACAGAGAGUUGCUUUUACUCUCAUGAGAGUUGUGCCAAUUAAGCCAAAUGACCUCCACCUGUCAUAGUCCUCCGUAUCCAAAGAUGAGGAUCCACAGUACACACUGCAUUUUGGUGACAUUUGUUUUGUUAGCACUGCUUCUUUUGAAACGUGAAGCCCAUGCUGCUUCAAAACUAUUUGAAGCAGCAGUUGCUAACACUAUGAGUAAUGAUACGUCGAUUUGCCACGAUGGGUUCAUGUCUGUUUACAUAUCAAAGGUGCAAUUUGCUGGUCUUCCUUUCACCAUUUAUGUUCAAGAUGAUCACAGCGGAUAUUACCAAGCCAUCGCUAUAGCAAAACAGUGCCACUACUUUCUUGGAGGAAAUGACACCUUUAUUUUCCUAAAAGUUGCUUCCCACGGAUGUUUUGUGAGAAGACAAAAAUACACAACAAAUCUGACUGUUGUCAUCAUGGCACUUGCAGACAGGGGAAGAGUUGAAAUUGUCAAGUCAAUACCUCUCAUCUGUGAAAGAAAAAUGAAAGAGGUGAACAAAAAUGAUGAUCCACUGAUAUCUAGAAUUCUUUUCUGCAACAAGGAUGGGUUCAACAUUACCAUCCCUCAGAAUGCCACAGUACCACCUCUGAACCUGGAUGCAGUCUGGAUCCCUUCCAGCCAAAGCCACAACUGUAAACCCAAAACACGAUCAAAGGAUGCCAUCACUUUCAGCUUUCCAUUUACUGAUUGUGGCACUCAGUCUGUGAUAGCAGAUGGGAGUAUAACUUACUGGGUCAACAUUGAGGUGAAACAACAACAACUGCGGAAAGGCUCUAUAUUUCGUGACACUCCAUUCCAUUGUACUGUGCAUUGUAGCUUUGCGCUUACCCAAAUUACUCAACUGGGCAUCGAGGUUCAGGGAGAAAAAUCUGAGUACACGUCAACACUGAAGAGCGAGGGAAUACUGAGGACUGAAAUGAGGUUUGCCAAAGACUCCAAUUACAAGUCUUUCUAUUCCUCUCGAGGUCCUCCACCAGUAACUGAGCUUGGCCAGCCUGUGUAUGUGGAGGUGUUUGUUCUCAAACAUGAAAACAAGGAUUUGGUGCUGCUGCUAGAAGACUGCUGGGCAACACCGACUAAAAACCCACAUGACCCUCAAAGAUGGAACCUGCUUGUUAAAGGAUGUCCUUACAGUGGUGAUAGGCACAGAACUGUUGUGUUGCCAGUUGUCCCUAGUAAGGAGCUGAAAUACCCAACUCUUCAUAAAUGGUUUGUGGUCAAGCUGUUCUCAUUUGUGAAGCCUCCAACAAAUGAAAACCUGGUAUAUUUCCACUGUGAUAUAGAGCUCUGUAAAGGACCAGAUUGCUUACAGUCCUGCAGCAAUAGAAGGCGUAAAUUAAGACGAAGCACGCCAGGGCAAAGCAUUCUUUACAGUGUAAUCUCUGGUGGACCUCUUCUUUAUCUACUGUAAAUAACCAAGUUAUAUUUGGAAGCACAAAGGAGAACGGUUCAGUCAAUAAAUGAUUUGUAAUGAAAAUAAAUCUAGUCCUUUUCAGA